AUGAAGAGAGAUAUUGGACAAUUGUCGAAUUAUGAUGACGCGGACGGCUCUCGAACAAAGCGACAAAAGCAAGUUGGAGCAUCAUCUGGCCAAGCCGCCACAGGAACCGCGACAAAUGGAGACAUUCAGAUGGACACUGGAGAAGGUAGCAGUUCUGGUGUAGCUGGUUUGAAAGAGCAGGGAACAAAGUUGUGGCAGAUGUUGAAAGACGUGGUCAAUAAAGAAGGUUACAUAUGCUCUCCAGCGUUCAUGCGCUUGCCCUCGAAGCGCCAUUAUCCUGAUUAUUAUGUCUACAUUCAACAACCAAUUUGCUUGGACGAUAUCAAGCAGAAAAUAGAUGACGGCUUAUACAACUCUCUCGAUGAUAUCAGACAAGAUUUCGACCUCUGUUUCUCAAACGCCAAAAAGUACAAUCAGAAGAACAGUCCAAUCUGGCUCGACGCCAAAUUCAUGCUGAAAUUUGUAAAUAAGGAGUAUACGAAGAUGACAGGAAAGAAAGUCAAGAAAAAUAGCGACGGAGACGAUGACGAGGACAAGCCUGCUGAUGGUGGAGACAGCGAGAAGAAGAACAAACAGCCCAACUUGACUCGACUCUUGAAAGCUAGAUUGCAGAAGGUUGUCGAUAAAGCUGACGAAGAAACACAUCGUGUGCUCUCUAACGUUUUCAUGGAGAUGCCGUCGAAGAAGGACUAUCCAAUGUAUUACACACAAAUCAAACGUCCCAUGUGCAUAGAGACCAUUUUUAAACACCUGAAGCGCAAGGAAUAUCAAACCUCUCUAGACUUCGCAAAUGAUGUCGAGCUUGUGUUCUCUAACGCUCUCGAGUUUAAUCAAGACCACAGCCAAAUCUGGGAAGAUGCGAUCAUUCUUCGAGAUUACUUCCGUCAACUCAUGUCCGACAUGCCAGAGCCACACGCGCUACCACAGUACGCGAAGCCUCCAGCAAAGAUCAAAUUAAAAGUUCCGGGCACGGGGGCUGCGACUGCCGGACCCUCUACGACUGUUGCUUCUUCGUCAACCAAACCACAAGAGAAAGAGGGCACUACUGGAGGAUCAUUAACGUUACGCCUUCCUGCAAGUGGCGGAAAUGCCAAGAGUUCAGCCCAAUCCUCGAUCAAUCAACUGCCACCUGGAGCUGGAGUACCUAUUCCAACGACUAAACCUGUGCAAGGCUCAAAACCUAUCGCUGCACCUGUACCUAAACCCGCACCCGCACCCCAACCGUCUGUCGCUGUAGCUCCUCCUGCUCAAGUCCCUACUCCUUUACCGACACCAGCAGUGCAAGUGGCGCAAACGAAAGCUGCACCAUCGCCACAAGUCUCCACACAGCCAUUGCAGUAUCAGCCAACGGCAACUAAGCCCCAAUACUAUCCCAAUGCCACCUAUCAUCAAUACACUCACCCGGCUCCGACUCCUCCGACACCCGCAAUGCCAUCUUCCGCAGUACGAACACAGCCAGCGCCUCAGGUUCAGACGUCUCAAUCGGUUUCAAGAUCACCUGCACCUGUGUUGAUUGGACAUCGAGCGCUCAAGGGCGUUUUCUUGAUAACCAAGCCUCGCGGCAGACCCUUCUGGCUUGAUCAUCGUGAUGGAGUCAAAUCCUGGGCGAUACGACUUGGCCAGGGUGAGAAAUCGAUCUCUGUUGCAGAGAUUAGAUUCUUUGGAGAUGAUGAUGAAACCGGGGAUGAGGAAGGCGAUGGAAACGAUGAACAGCCAGACGAUGAGGAAGAGGAGGAAGAGCCGAGCCCCAGGAAACGUGGUCGUGGCCGCCCGCCCAAGAAUCCGAAAGCAAAAGCCAAGGCGUCUGCACUAGCGAAGAAAGCCGAACAGAAGAAAGCUCAGAACGCGUCUACGCCUCAACAGGAGAGCAUAUUGAUCAACCUUAAUGGUAUCGCUAUGAACGAAAAACUUGAGGAUGGCGUGUGGAAUAUGGACCUUCAAGUUGGUUCAAAUGUUUUGGAAGUUGGUGAGAAGAAUGGAUACGUGUGGAAAGUGUACUUGGACAGAGUUUCCAUCAUAUAG